AUGGCCGCCGAACAAUUCGACACAUCUUGGAUGUGGAAUCCCGCUUUCAUCGAAAAAGCCACGUCCACGGCCGGUCGCUUCGUACAUUUCCGCAAGACAUUCGUCGUCAAUUCUGAGAUAUCGACGUUGCUUCCGACUCAGAUCACAGCCGAUAGGCGAUACAAGCUAUACAUCAACAAACAAUUCGUCGCUUUUGGACCUGUCAAGGGAGAUGCGAGUCUCUGGUUCUACGACGAGGUCGACAUCAGCCCAUACUUGCGCUUAGGCGAGAACCACAUCGCUAUUCAUGUCCUUCGACUCUUCCAUGGGACUUCGUACGGGACUAGCUUUCCACGUCUGGGAACAGGUGGUGUCAAGAUCGCAGCUACUGUUGAUGAUGAGGUCUGGGCACCCCAGGUCCGAAGUAGCGAGCUUUGGCAAACGGCGAUAGAUCAUAGUGUGACUCUCCGCGUCGAAGAGGCAGAAGAUGACUUUCUUCACAACUCUACUGGUGUCACGGCGCCGUGGAAACUAUCGCCGCGCCUCAUCCCGCCGAUGAGGGGCCAGAGAUCCUAUUUCAGCGCUAUUCACAAUGUUCAGAGCGGCUUGUCCCGUGAGACCUGGAGUGCAGGACUACUGGGUGUACAGUCCGGACAUAGUAAUAUCCUUCUUUCUGCCGGAUCAAGCCAUCAACUUGACCUUGAGACUCCCGUCCAUACAACUGCUUUUAUCCGCUUCCGUUUUGUUCGGCCGGAAGCUGGAGGCGCUUGUCUUACGAUAAAGUAUUCUGAAAGUUAUGAGGACACCCCAGUGCUUGUUCCAUAUCUUCGCUGCAAGGGGAACAGAUGCGAUACCAGCAAAUUCCUUAUCGGACCCAAGGAUAUUUAUGCUUUCCAGGGAAAAGAUGGGAAUCCACGUCUAGGCUACUACGAUGAGGAAGAUACAGAAGAAGUAUACAUGCCUUUUCACUGGCGCACAUUUCGCUUCAUGAGACUGAACAUUGAGACUGGGUCAUCUGACCUGAUCAUGCGCGGCAUCGACAUUGACGUUGUGAAUUAUCCGUUGGACGUACUGUCAAAGAUCAGCACGACUUCAGAUGACGGGACUUUGGGAGCGCUAUCAUUCCUCACUUCUCCGGGCUCCCUCUACUGGAUCUGCAUGUUACACGAUCACUUCCUCUACUAUGCUUAUAAGGCAUUUGUUCGGCCUCCGUUACCUGUUGUGGAUGCCGUGCUAGGGUAUUUCCACGAACUCAUUGAUCAACGUCUCGAUCUCGUGAGCCUAGGUAAUGAGAAGGGCGUUUGGAACUUUCAUGACUGGGCGGAGCAGUGGAGGCCGUAUGGCAUUCCGCCCUCAGCAGAGGAAUCCGGGGUUUCGACAUACACAAACAGCUUGUAUACCUAUACACUAAAGCUAGCGGCCAAGUUGCAGGGAGAGUGUGCAGGCCGACUUUUCCUUGCUGAAGAGUAUUGUAAUCGGACUGGUCUAAUUGUUGAUGCGGUUAAACGCCAGUGUUUUGAUGGGCAAUACUUUACAGACAGUAUUGCUGCUUGCUCGGAUCCUCAAGUUGACCGUAGCCAGCACAACCAGGUCUGGGCAGUUCUCAGUGGUGCUACAGAACUUAGUAGUAAUAGCGCUCAGGCAUUACUUAACCGCGCCCUUGGAAGUUCUCAGAGUGGUACACCACUUAUCAAGACGUCGAUCUCCACGUCCUUCUACACAUUUCACGCCAUCAGUGCUGCAGGAGGUUCUCUGUACGACGAACUCUUCCAUGUUCUAUGGCAACCAUGGCGUCACCAAUUAUCACUUGGUCUAACGACCUGGGAAGAAGACGAUGUUUCACACCGCUCAGACUGCCACGCUUGGGGCAGCGCUCCCAUCUAUGAGUUCUUGGCCGAGGUUGCGGGGAUACGGCCUGCAAAGGCAGGAUGGCAAGAGAUAGAGUUUGCGCCGCGCUUGGGUCUUUAUACAUCUCUCGAAGCAACUGUUCCGUUCUAUAGAGAGGGGAAGAUGGUGUUGGCAAAGGUUAGUUGGAGCUCUUUAGAUGGAGAGACGCGAGUCACGCUGGGGUUUGAGGGAUUAGACGAGUCAAUCUCUGUGCAUGUCAAUUUGCCAGGUUGGCCGGGGAUGGUUGAGAAGAGCUCGCAGAACAUGAGUUUCACAUGGACAAGAUCUUAG